UUUUAUCUGAAACCACCCCCACUGCCAUUGAGCUCUUGGCACGCAAACAGUCUCACCUCUAAAAGUCUAACCAGUACUCGUGAGUAUCUGUCCGCCGUGUUGAAACACUAAAGUUCCCGGGUCGAUUUCUCUUCAAGAUGUGGUCUUAUGCAGUUUUGUGCAUGUUGUUGGUUGGAGCGAUCGCUCAAAAGCCCAAGCCUUGCUGCCUUCCGCGAUAUUUCACUUUCAGAAAUGUUGACAUCAUAAACACUGCCCCAAACGGAGAGCUGAAAGUCGAAUAUGCCAACACCGAGCGUGCAUAUGACGCAAUUUCUCAGCAGUUGUCUAUUUUCUACGACGUGGAGUAUUUUAAUGGUACCGAAGUGCUGGGCAGACAUAUAGCAGAUUUUAAGGAGAAAGUGCUGUACGUAAUCAUUAAAGUUGGAGAUGACGAACAGUGCUUUCCUUACCAUAUUGACCAAAACUUUGCGGAAGAAUGUAUUUCAGAUGACGCAGAGUUUGUGAAGGAGUCCUGGAUUGGUGAGAACGAUCUACUGGUUGAUUCUUGGUUUGCUUCCCGAAAAUUAAGUCCAGAGUAUGAGGUUCAAACUGUGUUGACUGUAGGGCGUAAAGAGUGCGUGCCAGUCAGCCGGGUAUCUACCUACAUUAACCCUACUACAGGGGAAGUGCUCAGAGUUGAGGACACGCAAACUUUUAACUUCAAACUAGGAAUCUGUGACCGGGAACGCUUUUUCAAGGUUCCAGAUGCCUGCCGACCGGGCAAUGCUUUGAAGGCGCCUACUUUGGCAAUGCAGAAGAUUCUGGACAAGUUUUCGCAUGGACGCAAGUUCAUGUAGGCCGCCAUAGCAAGCCACUACGAUGCAGAUAUCGUUUAUAUUAAACAAGAUUAAGAGCCUCAAAAGGGGCAGCCGUCGAUUUCACAAAGAGUUAGGACUCGUCUUGUCUCGAGUUAGGACGAGUAACUCGUCCCAACUUAGGAUACAUCUUAAGGUAUGCAUGCUAUAGUGUAGGGUUGGGACUCGUCCUAAGUCCUAAGAUUAGUCUUAAGUUAAGAAGAGUUUUGUGAAAUCGACGGC